AGGAGGAGGAAGCUCUGGUAAGAAGAGGAACUUGUGUGUCAAUCAUCCCAUCAGGGUCCCACAAGCGAGGACAGGGCGCUACCUGCGAGUCCCAGCUCUUCGCUUAUCUAAAUAGAAAUAGGAACUGGUUGUGUAGCAGAAGGGGAGGAGGCCCUGUCUUUGUGAGCAGGCGAGGAGAUAAGACACAGGGCACUGGACUGCAGCACAGCCGGGAGCUACUGCUCUACCCAGGGCCACACUACCCACUCCAGUGCCAAGGACAGGAUUCCACUGGCCCCAUCUCUCCAGGAAUGUUGCCCACAUACUGGUUCCAGCAGGCAGCCCCGGGACUAUAGCUGCUCGCAGAUCAUCUGUGCUGAGUAAACACCAGGAAGGGAGCAGCCUCCAGAUCACCUACAUUGUUCUCCCAAAUUCCUGCAUGUAGCAGAGUUAGCUUGGACUCAGGUAGCACAGCCGAGCCUGGACUCAGGUAGCACAGCCGAGCCUGGACUCAGGUAGCACAGCCGAGCCUGGACUCAGGUAGCACAGCCGAGCCUGGAGCAGCGCACAGCCGCACAUCUGCUUUGUUCUCUGCUUUAUUCUCUUUGCUCUCUUUUGAUUAUUUUUGGGUAUGAUCUCAGCAAUCUCCAGUCCCUGGCUCACCCAGCUCUCGCAUUUCUGCGAUGUUGCAGCUUUCACAGCCAACAGUCUAAGUAGCUUAAACGCUUCAGGGGGCUACCACCUCUCCCCAUCUCCGGGGGACCCCUACAGCCAGCACGAACCCCACUACGAACCCUGCUCUGCGGCUCAGCAUUCCUACAGCUUCGGCCCUGGCUCCAGCCAUGCUUGUCCGGAAUCCGAAAGUGCUGGAGCCUCGUCCUCCGGCUGCUCAUCCUCCUCCACCCCAGGGAGCAGCAGCAGCAACAGCAGCAAAGCCCCGGUGAAAAAGAACCCCAAGGUGGGCAACAUCACCGUGCAGCUGGAGAUGAAAGCCCUGUGGGAUGAGUUCAACCAGCUGGGCACAGAGAUGAUCGUCACCAAGGCUGGAAGGCGCAUGUUUCCCACCUUCCAGGUGAAGAUAUUCGGGAUGGACCCUAUGGCUGACUACAUGUUAUUAAUGGACUUUGUACCAGUGGACGAUAAGCGCUAUCGAUACGCGUUUCACAGCUCGUCGUGGUUAGUCGCAGGCAAGGCUGACCCGGCCACCCCGGGUAGGGUGCAUUAUCACCCGGACUCUCCAGCCAAGGGCGCCCAAUGGAUGAAGCAGAUCGUUUCCUUUGACAAACUGAAGCUGACCAAUAACUUACUGGACGACAAUGGCCAUAUCAUCCUGAACUCCAUGCACAGGUAUCAGCCGCGUUUCCAUGUGGUGUAUGUGGACCCCCGAAAAGACAGUGAGAAGUACGCAGAGGAGAACUUUAAGACGUUUGUGUUUGAGGAAACCCGCUUUACAGCUGUCACCGCCUAUCAGAACCACCGGAUAACACAACUUAAAAUUGCCAGUAACCCAUUUGCCAAGGGCUUCAGGGACUGUGACCCAGAGGACUGGCCCAGGAAUCACAGACCAGGAUCCCUACCACUCAUGAGUGCUUUUGCAAGGUCCAGGAAUCUAGUCUCAUCACCUCCGCAGAAUGGAAGCGAUAAAGAUGGAGACAGAAGAGAUUAUGAAAGGGAUACCAGUGGCACUCCAUUACAUGGGGACGCAGCCCAUCAACAACUUAUGUCCAGAGUUCUCAGCCCAUCACUUCCUGUGCCCGGUGGACUUGUUCCUCUUAGUACUGGCAGACCCAGUCCUCCCCAUGAACUGCGAUUGGACCCCCAUUCUCAGGGUUCAGAACCUCUGCAUCACCAUCCAUACAAGUACCCAACCAGCUACGAUCAUUAUCUAGGAGCUAAAACCAGACCAACUCCUUAUCCUUUACCAAGCAUCAGAGGACAUGGUUACCACCAUCAUCAUAUGAACCCAGCAGCAGCCAAUAUGUAUUCUGCAGCUGGUGCACCUAGCAGUUAUGAAUAUGGACCAAGAUAACGGGAGUGAACAAUCUCAUUGAACAACUAUUUAAACUUAUUAGACAAUGGAUGUUUUAUGCAUGAUUUUAAUUAUUCAGUAGUGUAUGCUUUGGAUAUUACAUUACUGCUGAAAUGAAAGUUGCUCUCACCCCAAAGUCAUUAGGGCAGACGUACAGUUACCAUUGUGACUGUGACAGCAACCAACAUGCAAGCCGGAUCUUCUCCCUAAUCCUGCUGGGGCUGUUAUGACACUAUGUCACUAGAAAGGACACGCUCUGCCAACAGAGGCACUUGAGAUGUGUCACUAACCUGCGGUGAUGCUGUGCUGGGGGAGGGUGAUAAGCACAGAGACUUAGGAGGAGUAAAUGGACCUAUAUACAAGUUCAGCCUUACCAAUGCUACUGGAAAAGAAUGUGCAGUAUCAGCCCGCUCGUCUGCACUGUGAAUUAGCCAUCCAGACCUAUUCACAAAGGGCAUUGACUUCUGCAGGGUCAAGUGCACUAUUCUUGCUUUAAAGAAGCCAUAUGCUUUUGUUGUGCUGUUUUCUCGUAUUACCUGGAAAUAAAUGUACAGUAUGGUGGGCUCAGUUGCCGAUGAGCCUUGAGGUAUUAAAAUAACUUUUCUUUUUUUUUUUUUUUUUACUUUUGGAGAGUGAAGUUAUGGCUGCACUAUUUGUGAAUGAAACGCACAUUGUGUGCUAUUAAAUACAACUAUGCAACUGUGUAGCUUAUGUUCCUUCACCAUGUCACCAACCACUUUCAUAAAACUGUGGAUUAGCACACUUGAGCAGUCAUGUCGCCAACAGUUACUGUAUAGUAAAGCAGCACGCAGCUAUGCCCCCCCCCCCACCUAGCUCUACCAGUAUAAUGUAAUGAGACGCUACAAGACGUGUGCUGUGUAAACCCAACUUUUAUCCAUUUGCGGUGUACUUUUGUAAUGUAAUUUCCAUUACCUUGCAGUUACUCAUUUCAGUAUGAUGCCACCUUGUCAAAGCUUAUUUAUCAGGUUCUAUCUAAUGUUUAGACAUCUCUCGGUUGGGCUCAAAUCAAAGGUUUGUGCCACGGCCACUGGUUUAUAAGAAGCCAGUCUAGCACGCUUCUGCAGCCAUGAAGUUUUAUUUAUUGCAUUAAACAGAAUAAAGCAAUUCUUAUUUAUUUUCCAGAUGAGAUUGUAUGGUAACGUGCCUACAUGCAACUAACAAUUCAUUUCUGCAAGCACUGUAAACUCAAGUGUAGAUACAUUUGUAGAUAUGUAUGUAGAAAAACAACCUGUUAAACUGAAAAAAGAAUGGUUUCUUAUAAAUGUUAUUCU